CCCAUCACCAACGUCAUCAUUGCUGGACCAAUCAAACACCAGUGAAACGCUUUGCAACGACUUAUGGGCGUGAACACCGGGUAGAAUGAUCAGGAAGCGCGCCGCACCACGCCACCUCCCGUCAUCACACGUAGUAACGCGCUUAGAAUUAAAUGUUUUAAGAGCCGGUUUCAGACACGAGAACAAAGCCGGGCUGAAGGUUUAAUUAGAAGGCAGGAUUUUAAGCAGGGUGAAUGUUAAGGAUUUAUAAUAGAGAAAGCAUUAAGAGAACGUUAAUAUCAUCAUGGUGGCGGGUGAGUUGAUUCAGGAACCACUGAGACAUGGAGUCGACACACCUACGUGUGCGGAUCAGUACGACAUUGUCGCGGACUGUGAUGUCAAAGUGCCCGUGAAUGAAGAGAAGGAGCUUAGUGAGAUCCACGCCAUGCUUCCCGGAGAGCAAACACGUCUCCAGACUCACGUGUACCGCCGGCGCUUCGCAGUGCUCAGCAUCUUCAGCCUGUACUCUCUGGUCAACGCCUUCCAGUGGAUCCAGUACAGCAUCAUCUCUAACAUCUUUAUAGAGUACUACGGCGUGACGAACAUGACGAUAGACUGGCUGUCGAUUGUGUAUAUGGUGGCGUACAUCCCGCUGAUCUUCCCCGCUACAUGGCUGCUGGACCGUAAAGGGCUGCGUGUUACAGCGCUGCUCGGCGCCGGACUUAACUGCGCAGGCGCGUGGAUAAAGUGCGCGAGCGCUGGACCCGGGCUCUUCUGGGUCACCAUGACAGCGCAGGUCGUCUGCUCUGUGGCGCAGGUCUUUAUCCUCGGCCUGCCGUCCAGAAUCGCGUCCGUGUGGUUCGGCCCGAAAGAAGUGUCUACUGCCUGCGCCACAGCCGUGCUGGGAAACCAGUUGGGUGUAGCUAUAGGGUUUCUGCUGCCUCCUGUCCUGGUGCCCAACACACCAGAAGAUAAAGAACAGAUGGGCCACAACAUAAGCAUCAUGUUCUAUGGGACAGCCGCUGCCUCCACUCUGCUCUUCAUUUUAACUGUCAUUUUCAUUCAGGACAGACCCUCUUUACCCCCGAGUCAGGCUCAGGCGGUGUUGCCCACAGGCCUGGCAGAUGAUUAUUCCUAUAAGCAGUCCAUCAUUAAUCUGUUUAAGAGCAAACCCUUCAUCCUGCUGCUGCUAAGUUAUGGCAUCAUGACUGGGUCGUUCUACUCCGUGUCCACUCUGCUCAACCAGAUGAUCAUCACUUACUAUAAGGGAGAGGAGCUGAACGCAGGCAGGAUCGGACUCACCUUGGUCGUGGCUGGAAUGGUUGGCUCCAUCCUGUGUGGUUUGUGGCUGGAUCACACCAAAACAUACAAAAUGACCACGCUGAUCGUCUAUGUCCUGUCCUUCCUCGGCAUGCUGGUGUUCACCUUCACGCUGGAUCUGGGCCAUCUUCUCCUCAUCUUCUUCACUGGAGGAGCUCUGGGGUUCUUUAUGACCGGGUAUCUGCCCAUUGGGUUCGAAUUUGCAGUUGAAAUCACGUACCCAGAGUCUGAAGGCACGUCGUCUGGGCUUCUAAAUGCCUUCGCUCAGUUGUUUGGGAUCAUUUUCACAUUGAUUCAGGGAAAGCUCACCACAGCCUACAACCCACUGGCUGGAAACCUCUUCCUGUGUGCAUGGAUAUUCCUCGGAAUCAUUUUAACAGCGUUAAUCAAAUCCGAGCUGAAAAGACACGACGUCAACAUGGGAAACGGUAACUGUCAGGCGGUUCCUACUGAGUGUCCUGUGGAGAAGAUGUCCAAUGGUUUGGCACGUGAGACAACACUGUAAAGCAGAGACUGUGCUGGACUUUAUCUUCACCUCCAUCAGCUCUCUCUCUCUCACGUACACAAACACACACACGCACACACACAUGCACACCUUACUUGAAUCUGUAAUUCCUUAAGGAGUCACUGAAACUGCUGAGUAAGCGUUAAUGUCGUUCUCUGUAUUGGUCUGUUUAGUGCUAAAAAAUAUUCCUAACUUUUUAUAAUCAUGCUUUUAAAAAAAAAAAAAAAAAGUACUUACUUUUUAAUUUUUUUUUAAUACGUGUUUUAUUUAUUUAUUUAUUUAUUUGGUUGUUCAGUUGCUUUAGUGACAUAACUUCAGUCCUGUGGAAGCUUCUAGAAAGCUUUGUCCAAGUAAGACUAUGAACAUUGUACUUCCCAUGAAAAGAAACUUACUGACCUUUGAUUACAGCAGUCGUCCAAUCGCAGUGGAUCAGACCGAAUUUCAUUAUAAUUCUGAAUGAAUUAUAUUUAUAUUUCAUUAUAAAUAUGUAUUAUUUCCCCCAUGAUGAUGAUGAAGAAGAACGUUUUAAAAACACAGCGUUAAACGUACAAGAUAAUAUUUUUUAAUAUUUAAAAAUAAGAAUUAUUUUUGGAGACACGGUUAUAGCGCUUGAUCUUCAUCAUCUCUUUAACUAAAACCUGCAUAGUUUAAAUAAAAACCCAGUGUCACUUUUUAAUCAUUUGUUCUGACCUGCAGGAAAGAAAACUACGGUGGCCGAGAAGUGCAAAACACAUUAACAAAUCCGAAAACAAAUGAACAAAUCUGAAAACAAAUGAACAAAUCUGAAAACAAAUGAACAAAUCUGAAAACACAUUAACAAAUCCGAAAA